AUAGUAAUGGAACAGACUCAAGCAUAUGAUAGUAAUGGAACAGACUCAAGCAUAUGAUAGUAAUGGAACAGACUCAAGCAUAUGAUAGUAACAGAACAGACUGAAGCAUAUGAUAGUAACAGAACAGACUGAAGCAUAUGAUAGUAACAGAACAGACUCAAGCAUAUGAUAGUAACAGAACAGACUCAAGCAUAUGAUAGUAACAGAACAGACUCAAGCAUAUUCCCCAUUCACAGGAAACAGAUGUACGAAUGAAGGAUAAGGGAGCGUACAAAUGUUAUAAUAUGUUUGAGAUAUAAUCAAAUCACAUUUCAUUUUUCACAUACACGUGUAUAGUAGAUGUUAUUGAGGGUGUAGGGAAAUGCUUGUGUUUCUAGCUCCAACAGUGCAGUAAUAUCUAACUAGUAAUAUCUAACAAUAUACACAAUCUAAAGUAAAGGGAUGGAAUUAUGUAAAUGAAUUAAGAAUAUAUAAAUAUGUGGACAAGCAAUGUCAGAGCUGCAUAGACUAAGAUACAGUAGAAUAGGACAGAAUAAGAGAGUAACUGUUCCGUUCUGGGUAACAGAUUAGUUCAACAACUACAUAACUGAGCACAUACAGUAUGUCCAGUUGUUUCCUGUGAGGUCUUGAUUGUCAACAUGACACUCAAACACUGAAGAGGGUCUUGUUUUGGAAACAUCCUUCCUAAUUCCCUUUAAUAAUCACUGAAAUAACACAUCAACGGUAAAUUGUCUGAAGCUAUCACCACUCCACUUAUGAUAUCACUGGUUACAUGAACCAAUGAAUGGAGGAUGGAAGGAAGCGUGGAUUGUGUUAUAGUUGGAAAUGUCCCAAGUGUUUACCCGUGACAGGACCCGCAGUACUAACUGUCACCACUAGAGGGGGUGUAUAGACGGUGACGGCUGUGUUCGGUGCUGUGUUUACAUCUGCGUGCUGUUGACGUGGAAGAGACACAGAAGAAAGAUGGCGGCGCCCUCUGCAGAGCAGCAAAACGGCCAAAGUGACGAUUCUGAUCUACAAAGCCCUAUAUCGACAAAUUAUGAAGACUCCGAAACAGAAUCGGGGGAGGGAGCUCUCCCUGACUACGUUGUCGAAUUGAUAGAGAAAGAAAUCGGAGUGGAUCUGAAGUCGCUGAAGAAAGUUAGCGCGCUCCUGGAGAAACUGACAGCGGAAAACAAGUUGCUGGAGGAGCAGGUUCUGACGGUGUCCAGUUCGGUGCCGCUGCGGGUGUCAGCAGCGCUGUCUGCUGCCGAGGAGUCCCGUGUGUCUCUGGAAGGUUUGCUCCAGCGGGAGAGGGUCCUGUCCAACACCCUGAUACAGCACCUGCAGGGCGCCCAGCCCUGGGCAGACAGCCUGGGACAGACCCUGGAACAGCUGGACAACACAGAGAAACACAUGAAAUACCUGCAGUGUCUGUCACGCAUUGAAGAACUCAGUGACAGCAUCCAGCAGUGUCUGAUCACCAACAGUAUAUGGGAGGCAGUGGUGGCGGUGGGCAGCAUGGCCAGUCUAGAUGUGGGCCUAAAGCAGUCUGGCUGCUCUCAUCUCCAGGCCUUCCUCAGAGAGACACUAUGCUUCUGGCACAAGAUCAUUAAGGACAGACUGGCUGGUGAUUUUGAGGAGUUGCUGAUCCAGCUCCACUGGCCGUUCAUCUCUCCUCCCACUCAGUCUCUCUCCCCCCCUGCCAACGCUCAGGAGCUCCACAGCCAGCUGGAGCUACUGGUGGCCCAGCUCCUGUCUCUACAGACCUCUGAUGAUCUCAUAUCAGAGAAGCCAACCUCUGUGUCCCGUGUAGGGUUGCCCCCGACGACACCCCUGUCUCUUCCUGUCCAGAUCAUGUUGCUUCCUCUGAGCAAGAGGUUUCGAUACCACUUCACUGGAAACCGUCAGACCAAUUCACUCAACAAGCCUGAGUGGUUCCUGACCCAGGUCCUGAUGUGGAUGGGUAACAGCUCCAACUUCAUGGAGGAGAAGAUCCAGCCCAUUCUGGACAGAAAUGGAGCUAACGUCAACGCCAAGGUGGAGCUGUGUCGCGGUCUACUCACCCUGGCCCAGGAGAAGCUAGCGUUGGAUGCUCCACGGCUGCUCUACGACGACUCUCUCUUCUGCCACCUGGUGGAUGAGAUCCUGCAGUUUGAGAGGGAGCUGCGCACCACCCACUCCUACCCCAGCACCCUGCCCGGAGUGCUGCAUGUACUGCUGGAGGAGGUCGUGCUGCAGAAGUGGCUCACUGUGGAGAGGAAGAUGGCGAUAGAGAAGGUGGAUGCCAUGCUGUCUGCUGAGGCUUGGAGCUCCCAGUACAAAGACAUCAGUGACAUGGACGAACUCAAGGCUCCAGACUGCGCUGAGACCUUCAUGACCUUACUGCUGGUCAUCACUGACCGCUACCGUGCCCUCCCCUGCCCUCGUGCCCAGCUGCGUUUCCUGGCGCUACAGAGAGAGUUGGUGGACGACUUCCGUAUCCGCCUCACCCAGGUGAUGAAGGAAGAGUCCCGUAACCCGCUGGGCGCUAGAUACUGUGCUAUUCUGAACGCUGCCAACUACAUCUCCACCGUGCUGGGGGACUGGGGAGACAACGUGUUCUUCCUGCAGCUGCAGCAGUCUGCUGUGGCCCUGGGGGAGGAGGAGCUGUUGGGGCCACUGGGGGUCACUGAGUCCGGCCGUCUGGCCUCUCUGGAGGGGUCUCUGUUUGAGGGGCUCCUGGGGCUGCUGGAGAGGCUGAGAGGAGACAUGCUGGGCAGGUUACUGGAGGCUGUCAUGAGGGACGUACAGAAGAAGGCUCAGCCCUACUCCAGGGACAGGUGGUUGUCUCUGCCGUCCCAGUGUGACCAGGCCACCAUGUCCCUGUCCAGUCUAGCCUGUCCUCUGAUGCUCUGUCUCAGGGACCACCUGCUCCAGCUGCAGCAGAUGCUGUGUCUGCCUCUCUUCCAGAUGGGCUGGCAGGACCUGGCUGAGAGGCUGGACCUCUUCCUCUACCAGAAUGUGAUUCUGUAUAACCACUUCAGAGGGGGUGCAGCCCAGCUCCAAUUCGACAUGACAAGAAACCUCUUCCCUCUGUUUGGACACUACUGCAAGAGGCCUGAGAACUUCUUCAAACAUGUGAAGGAGGCCUGCGUCAUCCUGUGUCUGAAUGUGGGCUCGGCUCUUCUUCUACGAGACGUCCUGAGGCAGGCUGAGGAAGACGAGGAGCAACCAGGGACCCCGGACGGCAAGCCCAGCCCUACGUCAGCCCUCAACGAGCUGGGUCUACCGCCUGGCCCCUGCGACGUCCUCAUCCUGCUCAACCUCAGGGCCUCCUGGCCGGGAAAGUGAGGGGAGAUGGGAGGAAGAACAGUAGCAUGGUCCCAGAUGUGUUUUUGACAACUCCUAUGGUCUUUGUGAUGCCGAUUGGCCGUAGGAGUUGAGCAAGGCAGCACUAACAGAUCUGUGACCAGGCUAGGACGGGCUAUAGCUGGCAAAGAGCAACCACUACCAAUGAACUACACCGUAUCCCAGAAACCUGGAAUAGACCGCUGUCAUUCCUGAAUACUCCUGUCCCAUCCCGUUUAAUCCCAGUUUUGUUUACUUUGCCGAUCCUCUGUCUACAAGCUCAGCACCUGUUCCAUAUCAACUCACCACUCCUGGUCUAAACGCAGGGGAGAGACCUCGACUGGAGCCUGAAGGAUGUGUUUAAAUGAACUGCUCAUGUAGAGGACAUUAUUUGUCUAUUGACUGACAGCACAGACUUCUGUCUUCUUGUGGAGGAGAUCUAGUAGUACCACAUGGUGUGGAUGGGUAUAUCAGGAGGCUCCCCUCUCACUUCCUGACAGGGACUGUUGUCUUUAACCACAUGAGAUAUAGGAGACCUUAACACUGCUGUUUUAAGCAGUCCAGUGCAUUUGAUAACAACAACAGCCCUGUCUGUCACAUUACCUUAUUUAAUGUCAUAUACAUUUGUAAUGAAGUGAGAAAUAAAAACGUUUAAAUCCCGAAAA